GAUUUAUCUACCUUUCGCUGUUUCUUUUUCUUAGGGCUCUAGACUCUCGCAUUAUUCGUUGUUUAUUUGACUCCUACAUAGAGAGCCUUCGCUCUUCUUACUCACAUUGACUCGUUGUGUCGUUGAUCCGGUCCAAUUCUUUAUCACCAAAACCUCAGAUACAUACGGGGAUCGCCGCAAAGCCGAGCAGAGAGAACGACAUAAAACGAUCAAAGCCUCUUUCUAACUACAUUCGACUUGUAUCUUACGAUAAUUCGGUAAAAUGGCCUCCCAAGCUCUCUCCGCAAGAAGCGCCUACCGUCAACUUCUCCGCGCUACCCGCAUUGCCUUCCAUGAGGAUACUCGAGUCCUCCUCGGCGCUCGCCAGGAGGCCCGCCGCCAGUUCGACGAACACAAGCGUGUCGGCAUUGAUACCCCCAUGCAGAUCAACCAUGCCAUUGAAGUGGCAAACAUCUUGAAGCAUAACAUCGUGCAAGGAGUAAAGGAAGAGGGCGACGAAGCUGCCAAAUGGGAACUUCGGAUUCACGAUGAUAUCGAGCGUGGUGACAACGAUACGAUCAAGCAUGCGGGGAAGGACAUCAAGAUUCAUAAGGCUUGUUCGUCCUAGACGUUGCUAUGAUAGAGGACUUCCUACAAUUACGGUACGGAUAGACAGGUUAACAGUAGCAUAUUUGCGUUGUAUUAUAGUAUACCCGACUUUUCUCUCCUUCGGCGUCUUUUGGGGUA